GUCAAGACUAUCAAUACAAGCUAUUUGGAUCUGAGACAAAUUCAUUGAACUUGUUUCUUUGCUGAUUCUUUUUUUUAACGCGCUUUUAAAGACAAGAAAAAAAGAUUGACAAAAAAAUUAAUUGAAAGAAUGUCAGAAGCUGCUUAUACUCUGGUCUUUGACCCGAACCCAGCUAGCAAAGUUUCUGUUCAAGAGUACAGAACUUUAUUGGAAAAGGGUAAAGAUGAAUCUAAAAUUGAUGCAAUGAAACAAAUUUUGAUUGCAAUGCUUGACGGUAAUCCAAUGCCAGAAUUAUUGAUGCAUGUUAUUCGUUAUGUUAUGCCAUCAAGAAACAAAGAAUUGAAAAAAUUGUUAUAUUUCUAUUGGGAAAUUGUUUCCAAAUUAGAUUCUGAUGGUAAAUUAAGACAAGAAAUGAUUUUGGUUUGUAAUGCAAUUCAAAGAGAUUUACAACAUCCAAAUGAAUAUAUUCGUGGUAACACUCUAAGAUUCUUGACAAAAUUGAAAGAACCUGAUUUAUUAGAACAACUGGUUCCAUCAGCUCGUGCCUGUUUAGAACAUCGUCAUGCUUAUGUUCGUAAAUAUGCCAUUUUUGCCAUAUAUUCAAUCUAUUUAGUUUCAGACCAUUUGAUUCCAGAUGCACCAGAAAUUAUCAAUGAUUUCUUGAUCACUGAAACAGAUCCAACAUGUAAGCGUAAUGCUUUCAUUGCUUUGGGUAAUUUAGAUAGAGAAGCUGCUUUACGUUUCAUUCAAGAAAAUGUUGCUGCAUUAGAUACCAUAGACCCAUUAUUACAACUAGCAUUCAUUGAGUUCAUUAGAAAAGAUAAUGCCCCUGAGUUAAGAACGAGGUACAUUAAUUUACUUUCAGAACUACUUGAAUCAACUUCAAACACUGUUAUUUAUGAAGCAGCAAACACAUUAACUGUUUUAACAAGUAAUCCAUCAUUUAUUUCAUUAGCUGCCAACAAAUUCAUCGAAUUAGCCAUCAAAGAAUCUGAUAACAACAUCAAAUUAAUUGUUUUGGAAAGAAUUCAUGAUAUUCAUAAAAAAAAUGCUGGUAUACUGGAAGAUUUGACUUUAGAUAUCUUGCGAAUUUUAUCAACUCCAGAUAUAGAUAUCAGAAAAAGAGCUAUUGAAAUUGCAUUAGAUUUGAUUUCUAGCCGUAAUGUUGAUGAAGUUUUAAAAUUAUUGAAAAAAGAGUUACAAAAAACAGUCACUUCAGAUGCUGAUAAAUCUGUUGAAUAUCGCCAAUUAUUGAUUUCAGCUAUUCAUCAAACUGCUAUCAAAUUUGGUCAAAUUGCUGCCAGUGUUGUUGACUUAUUAUUAGAAUACAUUGCUGAUUUAUCAUCCACUUCAGCUUCUGAUGUCUUAAGCUUCAUUAAAGAAGUUGUUGAAAAGUAUCCAGAUUUAAGGAGUUCAAUUGUUCAUCGCUUAUUACUAUCAUUGGAUAAUAUCAGAAGUGGUAAAGUGUUCCGUGGUGCCUUAUGGAUCAUUGGUGAGUAUUCUUUAGAAGAAAAAGAUAUUCAAGAAGCUUGGAAGCAUAUUCGCUCAAGUGUCGGUGAAAUUCCAAUCAUUCAAUCAGAGAGAAAACGUAUUGGUGAACCAGAAGGUGAAGAAAAACCAGAAGAACAUAAAGCUAACGGAUCAAAACCGGUUGUUUUACCAGAUGGUACUUAUGCUACUGAAUCUGCUCUAACUUCAGAAAAGAAAUCCACAAAAGAAGAAGUUAGACCUCCGUUACGUCAAUUCAUUCUUGAUGGUGAAUUUUACACUUCAGCUGUUUUAGCUUCAACUUUUGUUAAGUUAAUUUUAAGAUUCCAAGAAAUCUCUCAAAAUGCUCAAAUCUUGAAUGCUUUGAAAGCUGAAGGUUUAUUAAUUCUUGUUAGUAUUUUAAGAGUCGGUGAAACUUCAUAUGUCAGUAAAAAAAUUGAUGAAGAUUCAGCUGAAAGAAUUUUAACAGCUAUUACCUAUAUUGCUGAAGGUAAAGAAAGUAAAUUGUUAGAAAUUGCCUUUUUGGAAGCUACUAGGGAUGCGUAUAAAGUUCAAGUUGCUGCAGAAGAUAAGAGAAAAGCUAAAUUAGACGAAGCUGAAAUUGCAAAGAACUCACAACAAGUUGAUGAUGUUAUCCAAUUUAGACAAUUCGGUAAAUCUGAAGGAACUGAUGUUAUUGAAGAAGAUUUAACAUUAGCUACAGGUGUUAAAGUUGAAGAAGAUUUAUCAUCUAGAUUAAACAAGAUUGUCCAACUCACAGGGUUUUCAGAUGCAGUUUAUGCCGAAGCUUAUGUUAAAGUUCAUCAAUUUGAUGUUGUUUUAGAUGUUUUAUUGGUUAACCAAACCACUGAAACUUUACGUAACUUGCAUGUUGAAUUUGCAACUUUAGGUGAUUUGAAAGUGAUUGAUAAGCCAACAACACAAAAUAUUCCACCACAUGGAUUUUUCAAAGUUCAAACUACUGUUAAAGUUACUUCAGCUGAUACUGGUGUCAUCUUUGGUAACAUUGUUUAUGAUGGUGGUCACGGUUUCGAAAAUAAGGUUGUCAUUUUGAAUGAUGUUCAUGUUGAUAUUAUGGAUUACAUCAAACCAGCCAAAUGUUCUGAAAACAAAUUCCGUACCAUGUGGAAUGAAUUUGAAUGGGAAAACAAAAUUGUUAUCAAAUCUAAUUUACCAUCACUUAAGGAUUAUUUGGAUGAAUUAUUAAAAGGUACAAAUAUGACAUGUUUAACACCAGGUGCUGUUAUUGGUGAAGAAUGUCAAUUCUUGAGUGCUAAUCUGUAUUCAAAAUCAUCAUUUGGAGAAGAUGCAUUGGCCAAUUUGUGUAUUGAAAAGAAGACAGAUGGUCCAAUUGUCGGUCAUGUUCGUAUCCGUUCCAAAGGUCAAGGUUUGGCGUUAUCAUUAGGUGAUAGAGUUGCUGCUAUUGCUCGUAAAACAAAUAAGGCCAAAUUAACAGCUGUUUGAUAAAAUAAUAAAGAGAAGGUAUUGAUAAUUUUGAUUAUAUAUAAAGAGAAAAAAUUAUUUUGUAUUGUUU